AUGUGUGCUAGUAAGGGUGGUACUAGUAAGAGUAAAAAUACUAAAAGUUCAAGAGGUGGUGUUGGUUCUUCUAGUAACUGCUUUACACAUAUUUCUGAAAGUUCACCUCAAAAUUUAAAUAUAGAUUAUGAGCAACUUAAAGAAGAUUAUGGUAUAGAUGAUAAUUUAGAUGAUAUUGAGUCACCUGAUAAUCGUGAAACACCACCACCUACACCUGGUACUCUUAUUCAAAAUAUUAGGGGUGGUGGUCGUGGUAAUAUAGGUAGGCACUCUCUCCCUAUUAAGAAGAAUCGAAGAUUAAGAAAGAAGUGGCCUUCGCGUUCGCGAGUAGGCCCUCGCGUUCGGGAAGGGUUAGCAGGUGAGGCUGAAGAUUUGGCCUUCGCGUUCGCGAGGGAGGUCCCGAGUUCGCGAAGGGAUGGGCCGUUGAGCAUCGCGUUCGCGAGAAGGGGAGUCGUGUUCGCGAAGGAUUGGAGUCUGGAAGCAUCGCAUGCAAAUGCAAAUAUUCGUUUAAGUCCAGUUUCUAUAUCUGCAUCUGGUGUUAUGGAGGAUAAUGAUGGUGUUAAAAAUUAUUUAAUUUGGUCUACAUUAGCAGAGCAUCAACAACCUAGUAGGAGGAAUAUUGAUGAAUUUCAAUUAUAUUUGCAAAAGAGCCACCGGCGGUACCUGUAUUGCAGCAAAGGCAACACUUUUAGAAGUUAUACAACGGCAAGAAUGAAGAAUAAGGAUGAAGCUAUACUUGCAAAUACAAAGAGUGUAACUCCACAAAUCAUACACAUACCUGAAAAGCCACCCUUUUUGCCGCCUCACCUCCAACCCACUGUAGAAGUUUAUGCUGCUGUGAUUGAACCUAAAGAUGCCAAUACUCUAGUCAGGAAGUUUAAUCAAAUUGCACCAUUGGAAAAUUUACGGCAUGUGAAGCGCGUGCAAAAGAAGUGCAUUGAUGGAGGAAAACUUCAAUUAUGUUUGCUUUUAUAUAUGGCUGUUGAAAAUGAUGGCAAGGUGGAUGCCAUGCCAUAUGAGAUUCUCGAGCUUGUCAAAUCAUACCAGUUGAGUACUUUCAUUGCAAAAGUAUGCAAAUAUGCUGCAACAUCAAAAGAAGAAUGGGAUGAACAGUGCAAGCUCUGGCCUACUUCCUAUCAUCCGCCAACCUACAACAUCGGUGGUAUAACUGGAUUUACUGAAGAGGAGUCACAAUCAGUUUUCAGCUUCAUGAGACAUGCCAUUGAUUUGGCAACAUCUUGUGUUGGUCAGGUGGUCAAUGCUGCUGUUAUUGUAGAUCCUUCAACUAAGCAGGUGAUUGCAAGUGCUUGUGACCGGGUAAUAUUCUCAGCAAGUCCUGCAAAUGAGGUCAGCAAGGAAAGUAGCUGCUCUGACUAUCCCGAAGACCUCGAUUCCUCUAACUUGGAAAACCAACAAACAUCACUUUUGGACAGCUCAAUUGGUGAAUUUGAACGUUUAAUUAGUAAUGUUGCUUGUCUACAACCUUGGCGAUGGGCUGUGCAAUCGUUAAGUCCAAACUCUGGUUGCUGGCAUCCUUUGCGUCAUGCCGCUAUUGUAGCUAUCGAGCAUUCUUCUACCAGGGAUAGACAAAUCUUUCCUGAUUACAAACUUAAUGGGGAGGACUCUAUCAAGGAGGAUUGCACACUAUCUCCUUCGGAAAAACAGAAAAUCACAGACUCGGACUUCCAAAGUAAUGACCAUAGUUCUCAAUCAGUCAGACCUUAUCUAUGCACUGGAUGUGACAUUUACCUGGCUUGGGAGCCAUGUGCAAUGUGUGCAAUGGCUCUUGUCCAUCAAAGAGUUAGACGGAUAUCUUUUUCCUUCCUAAAUUCCAAUGCUGGUGCACUAGGAAGUGUUCACAGAUUGCAAGGGGAUAGGAGCUUGAAUCACCAUUAUGCUGUUUUCAGGGUUGUUUUAUCUGAGGAGUUGUUCAAGAAUAAAGUCGUAAAUGCAAAAACUGCUGGGUGUGGUUGAAGCAAACACUAAUCAGCUUUUGAAGAGGUGUCAAGAGGCAUCGCAAUUAUGAUAUUGUCAAUAUUUUGUCAUGUGUUCGGGUAAUUCAUUUCCUCUAAUACUCUGUAUAUGAUCUAAUGAUAAUGGCAGUUUGUUUUAGAUUUUGUCAAGAAAAACUAAGAAUCAGUAGAGGGUUUAGUUCAAUUCCUUAUAUCGUCAACUAAGAAUCAGUAGAGGGUUUAGUUCAAUUCCUCAUAUCGUCGAUUUGCUUGAGGUGGUUGAUAUCCAUUCCGAUAUGAAUAUGUCCGGGAAAAUUGAUAUGAUUUGCUUAUGUGGCUAGAAAAAUGACAAAAGAAAAGUGAAUGAUCCCUCCACUUGUCAUAAUAUUGAAAAUGCAUGUAUACCAUGCUUCUUUCUUCUUCCGCACUUCCACACCGAGUAAUCGUGAUCUGGAGAGGGAAGAGUUGAGUUCUAAAAGUUCAACUAUAGAUACUCUCCCAUUAGGUUACUCAAUUAGAUACUUCAUGCUCUCAGUAGUUGCAUCUUCUUCUUGUCAUGAUAUAAUGACCAGCUUCUUCUACUAGGUCAUAGCUUGUAACCAUUUAGAUCUUAAGCCAAAAGGGCCAGUUCUGGAUCACAGAAAAUUUCAGUUAAAGAGUUUUAUGUUUAGUU